AUGCUAACGCUAUGCGCAUUUGUUCAAAUUCGUGCAAGAGACGGACUCCAGUCAAUGUUUCCGUUUAUUGCGGCUGGAGCUGGAAUGGUUGGUACGGGGCUGUUGUUGGAUCAUGCUGCUUCUUGGGAAUUAUUCACGAGUACUCCAGAAACGUUCAUCUUAGUACCGGCCUUACUUGGUCUUAAGGGCAAUCUUGAGAUGACAUUGGCAUCACGACUUAGCACUAUGGUAUCGAUGCUGAUCACUUGGCAACAAAUUUUUGAUCACGCUCGUGAAUUUUUUGUUUCCGCUUUGACUAUGUCACUCGAUUAG